CGUAUCUGGAGAUAGUUCCUAUCGAACCCUCUGUAUUUAUCCUCAAUUGUGCUCCUCCGUCCUCUAUUCUUCUUCAGUACCAUUCGCCUUGCUGUCUGGACCCCUCCGUAUCCAGAGAAGCCCCGUCAUGUUACUGCCGAGACUUUCACCGUUACUACGCUCGGCCACUGCCACUGCCCAGUUCCAGCUUGCAUCAAAAUGUCUUGCUGGUCGGCGGUGGCAGAGACCGUACAGCGUAGCUACUGAGCCCACGCUGCCCGGCCUUGACUCCUCUAAGCUCACCGUCACAAAGACGACGACGCCCAAGGACAUUCUAUCUUCGGAUGAAUUGGUCUUUGGCAGAACUUUCACAGACCACAUGCUGUCCAUCGAGUGGACCGCGGCGGACGGCUGGCUUGCCCCGCGCAUUACUCCUUACCAGAACCUCAGCCUGGAUCCUGCCACUUGUGUAUUUCACUACGCAUUCGAGUGUUUUGAGGGUAUGAAGGCGUACAAGGACCCCAAUGGCAAGAUCAGACUUUUCCGGCCGGAUAAGAACAUGGAGCGCAUGAACAAGUCUACUGCGCGCAUUGCUCUCCCUCAAUUUGACGGCAAUGCUCUGAUUGACUUGAUUUCCAAGUUUGUCAAGCUCGAUGAGCGUUUCAUCCCAUCCACCCGCGGCUAUUCGCUCUACAUUCGUCCGACUAUGAUUGGUACCCAGCGUACGCUUGGUGUUGGUCCCCCCGGCUCAGCUCUUCUCUACGUAAUCGCAUCACCCGUCGGCCCUUACUACCCAACUGGAUUCAAGGCCAUUUCGCUCCAGGCCACCGACUACGCUGUCCGCGCAUGGCCUGGCGGUGUUGGUGAUAAGAAGCUUGGCGCCAACUACGCCCCUUGCAUUGUCCCUCAGAUGACAGCCGCCAGGAAGGGCUUCCAUCAAAACCUCUGGCUCUUCGGAGAAGAGGAGUACGUGACGGAAGUUGGUACAAUGAACUUCUUCGUAGCGAUCAAGGACAAAGAGACUGGACAGAAGGAACUCAUCACCGCGCCAUUGGACGGAACUAUUCUCGAGGGCGUGACUCGUGACUCUGUGCUCUCGCUCGCCCGUGAGCGGUUGAUUCCGGAGGGCUGGAAGGUUUCUGAGCGCAAGUGCACGAUGAAGGAGAUUGCGAGUGCGUCUGAGGAGGGACGACUUCUGGAAGUCUUUGGUGCGGGCACCGCUGCCGUCGUCAGCCCUGUACGCAACAUUGGCUGGAGAGAUCGUAUGAUUGACUGCGGUCUUAAAGAGGGUGAAGAGGCCGGUGAAUUGGCGGCCCGCAUGAAGGACUGGAUUGAGGGCAUUCAGUAUGGUGAUGAGAGUCACCCUUGGGCCUUGACUAUUUAAAGGGUACAAUUGGAACGUGCAGUUUAUAUAAUUGGCAUAAUUGGCAGAGUUGCAACAGCCAUUUGGGAAAUACUAGCAUUAAAAGCUGAUGUCUUUGUUCUUCAUUUAUUCAAAGAGGGAAUCGAUGUAAAUAAAUGGGGGGUUCUAUUUUAACAUUUACGGGUAUAUAUUGACAGUUGAGACGAAACAAUUUUCACAUAGAUGACAGUCUUACCCGCAUACUCUUUGAUUCACGCAUAAGAUGAAUCGCUGAUAGGGCAAAGCAACCCAGGCAUUCGAUCAAAGUGGACCGAUGCACCAGCGCGCCUGUGCACACUCGGUUGCAGCCGAGAACCCGCCAUGAGAGCGAGAAUAGGCGGUAAAGCAGAUUUUGGGCAACGGCGAGGUUGAUGUCAGUUCUAAGCG